AUGUCGAGCUCAGCAGCCGGAGAGGCAAUGGUGCGGAGUUUGGCCGGACUGAGUUGGCCCGACCUCGUAGCGGCAUUUAGGGCUUCGACGCCAGGAGCGCGCAGCAAAAUCAUCUUGGCGAUAGACAAGGCGGAUGCCGACGACCACGAGGCGGCGGUGCCCUUAGCUGAGCUUAACGCGACCUCGCCUUCGACAUCGGAGCAGCUGAUGAGAACAACAGUGGACUUUGGUUUGGCAAGCACGGCUUUGUCAUCCACGACCCCGGCGGCCACGGCACCAGCACAGAUGCUGCCAUCGAAGUUGUUGGAUAUCGUGAAGGCUAAGCCAGCGUCGCCGCCCUCUGGGGUGUCAGUCACAUCCACUCCACCGACUCGGGUGCACAUCGACCUCGACGCCUUGGACGGCAUGUCCGUUGACGACGACACGGCGACCCCAUGCGUUCCGGGCAGCGCUACUCCUUUGCCGGCGUCUUUGGUUCCAGGUGGCGACGGUGGGCCGGCCCCUGGACUGGUGGACCUCUCCUCGGCGACCUCGGGCACUACUUCUUCGACGGCGUCUUUGGUUCCAGGCGGCAACGGUGGGCCGGCCCCUGGACUGGUGGACUCCUCGUUGGCGACAUCGAGUAUCAUCUCAUUACUUUGGGACGGCCGUCGUCUUCGAGCCACACAGAUGGACAGCUUGCCAGACGUGAAGGACAACAACGCGCCGUUCGACCCCAGGACGCUUUCUGAUGGCCGGCAUCUUCGGGGCGGACAGUGUGAGGGGCAUAGCAACGGCUUGCUGCUCACGACCUCGCCUGCGUUGAACACGGCGACUGGUGGACAGGGCCCUUCUUCGUGGACUUCUCCGACUACGACCACGCCAGGGGGUCCGUGGGGUUCUCAUACAGUCGCUGGCACUCAGCACGACGGAGACAGCUGGUCAUCGAGUUGGACUUUUUGGGCUCCGCAACAGGCAUCUUCGUUGGACACGACCUCGGCGCCUUCUACCACUUCUCAUGGGGGGAGCGUCAGCGAGGGCACUAGUCAGGCAGCCCAGCCAGGAGCGACCACUUCGGCGAACAGUCACAGAUCGGCGAGUCGCUCACAGUCGCAACCAAUGGAGAAAGAGCCGAUGGAGCUCCUUGACUUGAUGAACGAGGUGGGCGAGCAUUUGGUCAUCCCGCUCCCGUCCUUGCCGGCUAACGUACCACAACAGGCCAUGCCCGAAAAUGUCCAGCACUGCCGCCAGCUUGGAUGGUGCAACAGGGUCUGCCCCGGUGCGAACAAGGCGAUUCCAGGAUGCAUGCGACGCUGCUACCGACCGGUCCCGGCCAGUCCGGGCUACCACAAAGGAACGUGGCUCUUGGUGGUCGCGGUCGCUGAUGUGGCCCCGCUCGACUUCGACCUCGUUGGCCGACCAUGCCGAUCGGUCGGAUGUCUUGGGGUGGACAAAGAGAAGGACACCCGGCUCUGUUGUAGUUUUUCCUUCACAGCCGACCACACCCUUUUUGCAACCGCGCCUAUGGCGACAUCGACCUUCGCUAGCCUAGUGAAAGCCACCCAUGAAGCGGGCCUCGACCCCGCAAUUUUGUUGACGCUCCAAGACAUCGGAGUGUCGUCGGUGGACGACGCAGUGAGUGCCCUCGGCCGUCCUUCGCUUGGGCCGGACAUUCAGGCGGCGCUGGAUGCACUUGUCACAGUUGUACAUGGGGCGCGAACUGCCUCUGCUUGUACGGCUCCGACGACCGCGGGGCCAUUGCGCAACCUCAAGCGCAAGGAUGUGCCACGUCCGGCACCUCAGCCCCAUGGGGGUUGCCUCCAGAAGGCGCUUAGGGCGGCCGACCCCGCAGUUCGUGAUGAGACACUUCGCACCUUCCAGGCGGACAUCUUCGCUCGCUCCAACCAGGCCCCCCAGGACAGCAGGUGGAAGACGUGGCAGCGGUUGGCCGAGGCUUGGUCGCUGAGGCCCAUACCAUUGACCACCGACCUCGUGGCCAAGGUGGGCAGCCUGCUCAAGGCCGGGGGGUACAAGUCUUGUAAGCAAUACUUUUCCCGUGCUCGGCGAGCCCAUGUCGAGAAUUUCGGGGAGCUGGACGCUGGAGUAGUGCUAGCGAUCUCGGACGCCGUCCGCAGCAUCGAGCGUGGCUUGGGGGGCCCUGCCCUCAAACAGGCCUUCAGGGUGGAGGAGCUCCGCUUCAGCGACACCAACACGACCGCGGCGGGACACGCCAUGGUGGUUGGCGGAUGCUGGUUUCUCACCAGGGAGAUCGAGUCGGCGGCUCUUCGCAGGGGGGAUAUCAGCUUCGACCACGAGUCCUUCACCGUAUCCGUCAAGUUGGCUGCGUCCAAGACCGACACACAGGCGCGUUCAGUGACACGUUCACACCGGUGCUACUGCCAAGUGGUGGGGGAGCAGUUGUGCCCAUUCCACGUCCUCGAGCACUACUACAUGCUUGACACCGGGGCCUCGGACGACGUCCCCUUGUUCCAUGACGGCGACUACGUGGAGCUCUCGAAGAAUCAGGCGGUGGAGCUCAUCCGAGCAACUCUGGCGGCUGCAGGAGUAGCAACCAGGGACGACAACGGCCACCCGCGCUUCGGAGGUCACUGCCUGAGGGUCUCGGGAGCUCAGUGGCUUUGCCGGCUGAAGAUACCGACCUCGACCAUAGCCUUGCUGGGUCGAUGGGGGAGCAGGGCCAUCGAACGCUACCUGCAGGAUGCCGAACUCACCAACUUGGAGCCGGCCGCGCCCUUCCCACCUCCGCCGCCUGCGACACCGACAUCUGUCAGGCAAUGGCUGCUGUGUGACAGUCCUGGCGAUGAGCGUGCUGCAGUGGAGACAGAAGGCUCAACCUCAGCAGUGGGAAAGGACUCGACCGCAGCGACCUCGGCCUUGGAAGAACGUUUGGAACAGCUGUCACUAGCAGUGGAGCGACUACAGCAUCGACAACGCUUCAUCGUCAGCCGGAAAACACACAUCCGUGACCCCCUCGAGGGUGACAGGAAUCCUGCUAAAUGGCAGGCACAGUGUGGUUGGCGAUACGGACACUCUAAGUUCUGGCGCAGCGACAGCGAGUCGGGCUCUUUGUGCAAGAAGUGCUUCCCGGCCCAGGGGAACGUAGUCGACCUCGAUUCCUCGUCGGCCUCUUCCGAGGACACAGUUGUCGUGGGGCGAAGCGGGAAUGACUCAAGUGGUGGUCCCGUAGCCAUGGCCGACUUCGACGACGAGAUGCAACGCCUCUUGGAGGACGCAGGGGCCGACAUGAGUCUCCGACGUUAUCUUCGUCAUAGAGGCUUCGUCAAGGUAGGCCUCUUUGCGGCAGCUGCCUCGUCGACCGACGAGCUUGAUGCGGCGUUGCUUCAGCCCCUCAUUGACGGCUACACGAUCGCGACGGACGACAUCAUCCAGCUGGACGCAUUGGCGGUCACUGUAGCAAAAGCAAGACUUCGUUUCAUGUGGAAAAAGUCCCAGCCGGCUGGAGCGGCCCCGACUGCAGCUACGGCACCGACAGCGACUGCGUCCGCAGCUACCUCCUCGAAAUCGUCCAAAGAACUACCGACAGGUUGGUGGGCGGCCCAAAUUGCCAAGUACGAGGCGGGUUCGGGGAUGACCCCGUCCCGCACGUUCCCACAGGAUGAACUCUUAGGCGCAGAAACGGUGCUGGCACGUCUGGUACAUGAAGACAAGACGAAACUGUACACGGCUCUGUCACUCACAGAGUUAGUAGAGGCACGCUUCUUCAAUGCAGCGGGCGAGCCCAACCCCAUCCACCAGCAUCGCCGCAACAAAAAGUCGACUACGCUCACUAUCAAGAAGGAGGGCGACCUCGACGACGGAUACUCCUUGGAGGCAGAGAAAGAAGCGCCUUGGAACCCAAAGUCGACCCUCGCAAUCCUGGACUGUCUGACGGCGAUCAGGUGGGCGUGGACUUUGUGUGAGUUUGGCGAGGAGAGCGACAUCGUCCGCUUCAUCAACUGGUUCCAAAAGAAAGUCAGGCAGAACUCUUCACGCUUGGAACAAAUGAAGUCCUACUGGGAGGCCGUGGCGUGGAGAAUUGCGCUGCAGUCUCGCUCCGGGGGCAAGUUCGCCGACAUCGUUGACGCGAUCAUCGACGACACGCAGGCCUUUCAGGAAGCCAUGGCCCGCGAUGUCCCGUCAGACCGCCCGGCCAAGAAGCAGACCUUGCAGACUUCUACGACCGCGCAGCAUUGGACGCCAAAGUGGGAGUCAAAGACCAGCGACUUCAAGGGCAAGUCGCGUAAAGGCGGGGGCAAGGGUGGAAAGCCCGUACUCAAGCGGUGGCAGCCGUACUCGUACGGCGACAGGCGGCCAGAACAAGGCAGUUGGCAGCGCGACUCGUGGCGUUCCGACGGUGACCGCUACUCGGGCCGGCAGGCGAAGCGACCCCGCAUUGAGUCCCCGGCCGUGGUCCUCAAACCCAACCCCCGCUUCAGCCAGCGCAAACAAGGCCUCAUCGUCUUAAGCUUCUUUGACGGCCUCGGCUCCGCCCCGCACAUUGCAACCACGUGGCUACAGGACUUCGAGGUGCGCCGCAUUUUCGCAUGGGAGACGGACGGCGACCUAGCAAAGUUGUCACAAGAGCGCUUCGGCGCGUUGUUAGUGCACCGAGGCGAUUUCGUCGCCGAUGAUGUGCAGGCCCUGAUCAGCGACCUCGACCAGGACGACCCGGACAGGAGCUGCGCGGUACUGGUGACAGGGGGCCCGCCGUGCCACGACCACAGUCGCAUUCGCAACGAGGCUCCCGGGUCGGCGGGUCCGGAGGGAUCCAAGUUCCUUGGAUUCUGCGAGUUCCUCCGCAGUUUGGAAGCGGCCUGGGGUCGAGCUCAGGCUGCUCUGGUGGUGGAAAACGUGGUGCCGCAGAACAAGCAGGAUGUCCGAAUGUUCGAACAGAAGCUCUCGGCCACGGCAGUGGUGGCGGAUGCAGCCGACUUCGGAGUGAUAUCCCGUCCACGGGUCUGGUGGACCCGCAUUCAGUGGCAACAACUGGCUUCGUCAUCCUCGUGCCCAGUCAGAUUGCGCUGGUCGAAAUACCAAGGCCUUCCACAAGUUCAUUUUGACGUGCCCAAGGACGACCUACACGACUACGACGUCGGCGAGUUGCAGUGGCCAGAGAACCUCACAUCAGGGAGGCGACUACUACCGUGCCUGACGACUCCGGCCGACAACCCGGAAGGGCGUUCGGCGCCGCGCUCUUGCAAAGGGAAGGUCGACAGCGACACGCAGGCAAGAUGGUUGGCGCACAACCGCUCCUUGGCACCUUGGCACUUCGAAGCUGGGAACAUGUGGAAGGCUCCGGAUGGACGCCUAUGCCUACCGACCCCGUCUAUCAAAGAACAGCUGCAUCACCUCCCCAAGAACUACACGUCCUCGCUCACGCCCCACCAGCGUGACAAAGCACUGGCCAAUGGUUGGCACGUGGGUGUGGCAAGGUGGAUGAUGGCGCUGGCGCUGUUUUGCGGGCAAAUACCGGCAUCUUCCUCGUCAACGUCUGUGCCGCAACCUCUAGGGCCGUUUGGAGAGAACGCCCUCGACGUGGUGUGCAACAUUUGGCAGUCCGCACCACUGCUAGUGGGGCCAGGGGUGCCAUUAGCACAGGAGGCGGUCGACCUCUCGGCGAUCACCGACUCUGCGGAACAUUGGCGUGCCUCGUUCGGUCUACUACACCCGCACCAAGCGCCACCGUCGUUGGAGCCAGGGCUAGCCCAGUGGUUGCCGGUUUGGAGCCAUUGGAAGAGCGUGCUACCUGACCUUCGACCUCGAGUCACGCAGGCCCUUAAACUCUUCGUGGACGAUCUCGAGGAAGAGACUGCGCAGUGGUUCAGCACAUUGCCGACUCACGUCAAGGAGCUCUACCAGGACACACGCGGUCGCCCUACCUUACAAGUACCGGCGAUCAAGUCGCUGGCGCGACGACUCGGUUGGCCAGACUACGUCCUAUUUGACGAGCUGUCACAAGGAUUCCCACUGCUAGGCCAAAUCAGCCCUGGUGCAGGAUGGCGACAGAGGUCGGACGCGAGGUACUCUACCCCGGUACCAGUGGAGCAGUUCUUCAGGGAGAACGACGAGUUUGUGUGCACUCGACUACGUCACACCAAGGUGGACCAGCAUUGGCACACCAUGGCAACGGAGAUAGCCAGCGAUGUCGUCAAAGGCCGAAUGGAGGGGCCGUUCGAAGCGCCGGCCCAUUGGCCUAAGCGCACAGUGGCUCUGGCCGACUUUGAACACACAAGACGUCUUCUCCCCCUUCCACCAGGCGGCCGUAUGGCAGUAUCUUUUGCUUUCCCGGUGCACCAGGUGGGGGCGGACGGUGCGCCCAAGGUACGCAGGGCGGAGGAUUGGCGAUCCAGUGGAGCGAACAAGACCGUAUCAGUGGACGACACGCCAGCGUACCACGACAUCUACGCCUUCAUUGCAGUGGGGAGAGCGAUUGCAGCUCGGCACCCAGGGGUACAGCUGGUUACCUGGGGCCUUGACCAUGAGGCAGCAUAUAGGCAGCUACCGGCAGAGAACCCCGACCACGCCUACGUGAUCCUUCCUACGCCCGCAGGGCCGACCUUAUGGCGACAUCGAGCCCUACUCUUCGGUUCGACCGCGUCGGUUUGGUCUUACUGUAGAACGGCCGACUGCAUGGCUUGGUUGACUCGGUCAUUAUGGUUGUCGCCGACCCUCCACUUUGUCGACGACUACGGCGCCACAGAGACGUCCCCGGAAGCCGACUCCAGCUUCCAAGAGAUCCAGGAGGGUUGCGGGUAUUUGGGUUUUAGGUUUAAAGCCUCCAAGGCCCAACCACCUUCGAACAAGCAGACGUUGUUGGGGGUCGAGCUUCAGUACUUCCCUGACAGAGCCGAGAUACACCCGACCUCUGCUCGUGUUGUCCGACUUCGCAACCAGUUGGAAGAACUUCUCGUGUGUGGACAACUCCGACCCCGUGACGCGGCCUCCUUGGUUGGUCGAUUACAGUUCGUGGCCCAGUCGCUGUUCGGACAAGCUGGAGCAGCGGCGCUCAAGCCCUUCCAUAGACGGGCAGCAGCAGAGAACCACAGACGAGGAGGCGCGGAGUGGCCGCUAGGCUCGGCGUUGACUUCGGCGAUCCAAUGGCUGGUAGGGAGAUUGCAGGCGCCCAGACCGCGAACGAUCAACUUCGUCGUGCAUGAUACGGCCGUGAUCUACGCCGACGCCUUCUUCGAGAUGGGGGGACGCAAAUGGCGACCAGGCGACGACUACGACAUCGACAACAUCGUGGCCCCUAGCACUUUCGUCAACGGUUGGGGCUGUGUGGUCCGGACCAAAGACGAGUGCCUCUACGCAGCGGGAACUCUUCCAAUGUGGUUCACGCGUCACUUCUUUACGAGAAGAAGCUACAUUUACGUGCUCGAGAUCAUGGCGCAGGUGAUCCCAUUGGUCCGGCUCGCAGACAGAUUGCCUCGGCACAUCACACUCUUCAUCGACAACGAACCUGCACGACACGCUUUGAUCAAGGGUUUCGGCAGAGACGACUGCGUGAACAAGCUGAUCCAAUGGUUCUGGACCUUCGUGGAGGACCACGGUUGGUGGCCGGUAUGGCAACGUGUGCCGACUUCAGCCAAUGCAAGCGAUGCCGUGAGCCGCUUUGACUUCGACCACGCGGAAGCAGAGGGUUGGCAACGCGUCGACCUCACCGACGACGCCUUCUUGCAGUUUGUCCUUGACUCGAUUUUGUGA